ACUUAAAAUCGCUUAGUUCCCAUAGUAAAAUAUCGUAAGUAUGACUUACUAUACUAUACUUCCAUAUCAGAUACUUUUCAACUAUCUUAAGUGACUACUUACGAUACUAUACCAUGGGAUAAAAAUAUAAAUGGUUGUCGUAUUUAAACUUCCGAAACUUUACUUUGAAAUGUCAACGUAUUUUUCUAUUGUAUGUGAUACUUAGUAUAUUUUACUCUGGUACAACUUAUAAUUUACAAUAUUAUUCUUUCCGAAAAAGAGCAGUUUUAAGUAUUUUUUAAUAUUUUUGCAGAGUAACCACUUCCGUUCGACGUAAACAUUGCAGAAAUAAAUGAAAUGAUGGAUUUGUUAACUGAUUCUGAGGAAUUAUUUGAAGUAAAUAAUGUUUCACUUAUGGAACAAAGUCCUGAUGAGGAGUCUUCAGCCAUUAUUGAGAGCAUAACGCGACAUCCUUCGCCAGACUGUACAAUAAAUCAUCUAGAUUUUGAUUGUGAUAACCAAUUCUGUCCCUGGUUUAUUGAAAAAGAUAUUUCACCACCACAAUCUGUUGAUUCAACUUACACUGGUUUGGUUUAUACUCCGCAAGCAAACACACCUUUAUCUUCUUUCUCAGAAGCGACAUUACAAACUUCUAGAAAGAGAAAGAACAACCCAAGAAAGGACAAAGGAAAUAUCAGACGUCGUCAUGUUACUGAAUGGAAAGACAACAAGAGGAAAAUAUUAAGAAACUUGGGUAAGGCGUAUAAGAGUCGCGACGGUACUUUUAGGUGUGGUAAAUCUUUGGGACCUAUAUGUCAUACGAAAUGCAGAUUACAAUGUUUAACUAAAAUAAGUAAUGAGGAAGGAAUUAUGAUUUUUAAUCGGUUUUGGGAUUUAGGUAACCGUGAAAGGCAAUGGGCUUUUAUUGCAAAUUUGGUUGUUAAACAAAAGAAACGCAGGGUUUUUACUGAUACUCAUUCUAGGCGUAAUUUUACUUUAAUUUACAGACUAACAAAAAUUGAAGCAGAAAAUCAGGAAAUAGAUUUGUCUGUAUGUAAAAAAAUGUUUUUAAAUACCUUUUCAAUAAGCGAACAAUUUGUAUAUACGUCUUUAGAAAAAAAAGAUAGCAUAAGCGGUAUAGUAGAAGCAGAUAUGCGAGGUCGUCAUUCCAAUCAUCGCAAAGUAAUAACUGAAGAUGUUAUCAAAAGUGUAUGUGAUCAUAUAAAAUCUCUACAACCGGUAGAGUCACAUUACACUCGCAGCAGAAGCAAUAAACUUUACUUAGACGGAGAUCUAAAUUUUAGUCGCUUGUUCGAUUUAUAUCAUGAGUGGUUCAAUACACUUACUUACACUUCCAAAGCUAGUUCUGAACGGCAAUACCGUGAUAUCGUUAAUGAACACUUUAAAAUUAGCUUCCAUGUUCCAAAAAAAGAUCAAUGUGACAAAUGCCAUAUUUACAAAAAUAUAUCGAUUCCAACUUUAUCAGAAACACAGUUAUACGAACAACAUCUUAAUAAUAAAAAAAAAGGUCGAAAACAGAAGUUACUUGACAAAGAACUUGCCAAAAACUCAAACGGAAGAUUGACAGUUGCUACAUUCGACUUUCAAAAAGUUCUCACUGCUCCAUACGGAAAUAUAAGUGUCCUUUAUUAUAAAAGAAAGCUCUCUGUAUUUAAUUUUACUGUUUUUGACUCAGCCGCACAAGAAGGUACGUGUUUCAUGUGGCAUGAAGGACAAGGGAGACGCGGGGCCAAUGAAGUUGCCAGUUGCUUAUUUAAGUAUAUAGCUAAAUAUAAGGAUCAAGGCACACGUGAAUUUCGGUUUUGGUCGGACAAUAUUGUAGGCCAGAACCGAAAUCGAAUUCUUUAUGCUAUGUAUAUGCACGCAGCUAUAACAUUCGAAGUCACUAUUCAUCAUUGCUUUUUAGAAGUCGGUCAUACCCAAAAUGAAGGUGACAGCGUUCACGCAUUAAUUGAAAAAACUGUUAAGAAUAAGCUUAUUUAUACACCAUUUGAGUGGUAUUGUUUAGUUCGUUGGGCUAAACAAACUGGAAAGCCUUACGUUGUCGAAGAAUUGCAGUUUACCAACUUUUUUAAUUACAAAGCUUUAUUAAAGGGAAAUUGGGUGAAAAGCACUAAUGGGGAUAAAGUGCAAUGGAAUAAAAUUAGAGAAGUCCUUAUAAAACCGGAAGAUCCCUAUAAGUUAUUUUAUAAAUAUGAUUUAGCUGCGGAUGAUUAUCAUGUUUUAUGUGUAAGGGCCUCCACCAGGAGACAAUGUGUUUCCAAUGUAGAAGCACUUUAUGAAACCUGUCUGCCUAUUCCCAAGGCAAAAAAUUGACUUAGUGAAUAUGUGCAAGUCUCAAAUCAUUCCCAGUACUCACCAUGUUUUUUUCCAAAGUUUACCAGAGAGCGACAAUAAUGUUAAUAUU